ACAACACGAAAGUUAGAGAGACAGAGACAGAGGGAGACUGCUUCAAAGCAUUCUGUUAUUACACCAGUCGGUUAGUUUUCAUUUUUGCCUUUAUAAGAGCAUUCAAGGAAGCUUUUCUAGCUCAAACAAGUGUACACACAGACAGAAAAAAUGUGUGCAGUGAAGUUAAUGUAUCUCAUGUUGAUCCUAACAUGCCUAAAUGUGCCUCACAACUUCUUCCAAAACACUGCUGCUGCUACCGUGGGACAACGGAAGCCGUUUUUUGAAAGGCUGAGGAGGCUGGAAGAACAGUUUCGUCGUUUUCAAGAGAUGACAUUGACCCGUCUUCAGGGAAUCGCAGAGAACUACAACAUUUCUUACAACAUAGAUGAGAGAUUUCAGAAUUUACAAGAUCAGUACCAGAAUGUAACAUCAGAAAUGUUGGGAAUCCAGACAGCAAUAAAUACAGAGCUAGAUAGCCAUAAAACCUGGAUGAAGAAACUUCAAAAGAAAAUCAACAAGCUUGAUGUUAAAGUUGCAUCUCUGGAGGAGAUUGUUAAUGAGAGAACCAAGCAAAGCAUGAAAGACAACAAAGAACAGAGCGUGCUGCUUUCCAACCUAACGGCUGAGAUAAGAGAACAGAGAAAGGAGACUGAGUCUUUGGUUUCCAGCAAGAACAGUCUGCAGAAGGAUCUACAGAGGAUUCAGGAUGGAAUGAAAACUCAGGGGUUAAAACUGUCAAGCUUUGAGGAGCAGCUGAAGAGGACCUUACAAAGAGAUCCAUUUCCUCCUGAGUCAUUUGUUGCCCCUCAGAUUCUUAACCAAACCCCCCAAGACAAACAAGAGCAGUUGCAAGACAGAUAUUCUGAACAUAGGCAGCAGAAACUCAAAAAGCUUCAGGUCAAGCAUCAGCAAAGUAAGCAGUUACAGGAACGGCAGCAGAUUGACGUGCAGUUUUACAGUCAACCUCCCCAGUACCAGACCUUGUCUUCAAACCCACCUGUUCCUGAAAAACUACAGAGGGAACCAAGACCUCAUUCAAAUCCAAAAGAUCAUGAGACACCAGAUAAGCAAGAAGAACCUAAAGACAAGAAAGUAAUUCUUCCUGUGCCAGCUGAAAUUCCGAAGCUGCAGUCACUGCAGACUUCUGCAACAAUCUGCAAUGUACACUCUGUGCUGUUCUUCCCAGACUCUUCCACUAGAAACUUCGUUACUUUUCACAAGGGAUUCAAAACUGGACUCCAUGAGCUUUCCAUUUGUACCUGGCUUCGGACCAGCACCAGUUAUGUGGGCACCAUUCUCUCCUAUGCCACACCAGAAAAUGAUAACAAACUGGUGCUUCAUGGCAGGAAUACCACCGACCAAAGUGUCGUCCACUUCGUCAUUGGGGAUCCUGUGUUCCGACAGUUACCUGUUGAAAUGCUGUUGGACAACCGUUGGCACCACAUAUGUGUUAUCUGGUCUGCUAUUCAGGGAAAAUACUGGUAUUACGUGGACAGAAAACUAAUGUCUACAGGGUCCAGGUUCCAAAAGGACUAUGAGGUGCCUGCUGGUGGAUCUUUGAUUGUAGGUCAGGAGCAAGAUAUGAUGGGUGGUGGAUUUGAGACUGCAGAGGCCUUUGUGGGAAAUUUGGCAGGAUUUGCUGUCUGGAACCGGGCUCUAAAUCCCGGAGAGGUCUCAGGCAUUGCCACCGGGAAAGGACUGCCAAGAGGUACAGUUGUUACUCUGGAGGACAUCGCUACAGUAAAUGGAGCAGUGGAACAUAUUAACUGUACCUGUCUGGAGCACUGUGUAUAGGGACUCUGUUUUGGCAUCCAGACAACAAAGGACUUUCAGCAAAGAGAGUCUCCUUGCUGCCCACUUGUUUCAGUUAUACAGAAGUGACUAAGUCAUUUGUCUUUGCAUCUGAUAUAUAACUUGGCUCCAUGUACUUACUCUGAAGAAAGCAGUUGUAUUUUUAACCCCUGCCUUUUUCAUUACAGCAGGGAAGACAUACUGUCUGAACAUUCAUAAGGAAUGUUUGUGGGCACCACAGGUCAGCUUUCAUCACACAGUGUCCCAACACCAAAGGCAUUACUCCUGUUUAGCUUCAUGCAGCUGUCUCCUGUCUUCCUCCAUAGGCUCCACCCCUUCCGCAGAACAGCAGCUGCUCCUUUUACCUUCAUCACUCUCUUUCUAACAACAGGUGUUCUGCUGUCUCGGACAGGAGGCAGAAAAUAAGCAGUGUAACCUCCGUCUUCAAUGUUCCAAAGUAAGAGAUUUGUAUAGGAUAAUGCUUACCUGAAUGUCCACACUUCCCAUUAUCCAGGUUUACUUACAGUUACAAGCAGUGCCACCCAAGAAAUAUGGAGGUUUGAAAUCACUGACAUAAAGCGGACACCUUGAUAAAGGAUAAAGAAAGAUAAGCACUCAUCUUCCCAUUUAAGGAGAUUUGCAAGUGUUAAUGCUUGUAAUACUGGUACCAGAGUACUACCUAAAUGUAUUUCCAUGAAAAAUAUCACUUUUAUUCCAAGUAUCUUAUUGCAGUUACCUUGUUUUUGCUUAUUGUGUAAUUUCAGAGUCAUAUUUUUAUUGUUUUAUGGUUGGGAACAGAAAAGUUUGUGUUAUUUCAGAAGCUUUUGAUACUGGUACAGAAAUCCAAAACAUAUGAGUGCCGUGACUCAAAAUGGUGAAGCAUACACUAGACUAUAAGGGACAGCUUCUAUUCUAAAUAAGUCUUCCAUGGUUAAACACAGUUAAUAGUGCAGCUUUUGUAAUGGCUAGUACUAAAUACAGUUAAAUUUAUACAGCUAAUAAAACUGGAACCCUUGCUCUGUUUCUGGGAUGGGUCUGCGAACUCCUAAUUGGAUACUUGAAAGUGACACAAAGUUAAUAUUACUAUAAAGUUUAUGAGCUACAGUGGCAUCCUGUUAGUAGGUCUGUAAAGGUACCAAACUAUACGGCUAUUGCAUAUUUUUCUUAAUUACAUUUCAUGACAACAUUUACAUCAAUGCAUCACUGAGUUCAUUUUCCAGGACAUGCCUUCACAUCCUUCUAAGCUUAUAUUUUCAUUUUAACUUCAGGAAGUCCUGAUCUGAGA